UCGGUCGGGAUCUCUAGCGAAACGGAAGUGCAAAAGCCACGAUCCGGCGUGUCCGGUGUGUCCAACAGUGACAACACGUCCCACACCCAUUACCACCUCAAUCGGUAGAGUGCAGUGCGGGUGGCGGCGGCGGUGGACCGGACGGUGCUGCCAAUAGUACUGGGAAUCGGGAUUUCGGUGCGAACGGGGCGACACAGAAUUCCCUCUUCCGCGUCCGUGUGUGUAUGUGUGUUGUCUGUGCCUGUUGUGAGGGUGCUGUGAGAAGAUAAAAAGAUGGACAUUUUCGCAUAGAGCGAUGACAAGAAUCAGAAUAUGGUCACCAGAGGUGGGGCGAAUGAAUGCGAAGCGGAAGCACUCCUGCUAGAGGGGUGGAAAUAUUAAAUUCCGUCCUCGUACGUAGCCACUCUCUUCCUCGAGGAUUUUCUUCGUUAGGGUUAUUGUUGGAAGCUUCGAGGGGCGGCGAACGCAAAGUAGGAUAACAAACGGUGGCACGAAGAUAUUGAUGCCCUGGAUGCAGUCAGUGGCUAGAUUGAAUUAGGAUGGCGAUGAAUUUUCCGAGAGUGGCGCGCGAGUUGUAAAAACUUAGCCCUGCGUUGCGAUGCGAUGAGUUGCGGGAGUGGAGCGAAAAACGGUUGUAAUGAUUUGCUGCUGGCGUUGUCUGCCAGAGAAAUGACUUAAUACAAGGCGAAGUGAUUGAGUGAUUUUGUUAUGGGCGUUGGAAUGGAUUUUCCAAUGUGCAGAAAAGUUUCUCAUCGAAUAGUGCGAUGCGUGUGGUGAUGCCUUCUUCAGUUUGCGCCGGGAAAACAACGACCAAAGGUUGAUUGAACAUGUGUUCGAUCUGUAACAUUAUUAUCAUAGGCGUGUGAAUUGAAUGUACACAGUGCAGAGGUUCCCAUGGAUUUUCCUCAAACACUGCAAAACCACAGUUAGGAGCGAACGAGGAUAGAAACAUAAAUACACUUCAUAGCAGACAACAUGGUCAGAGUGGAACAAAAGCUGAAAAAAUAGACACUGAUAGACCACUAAUGACAACGGCGACGACGGAUACGAUGAUAGCCCCGAUGAUGGAUCGAUUGUAUUAGUGUGGUUUCCCAGCCCCAGAGGGAUAUACCCCACUGUUUUCCCCCCGAACCAAACGGUUUUCCACCAACCAAAUACGACACGCUUUUUAUUUUCAACAAUUGUGGUUGCGUAUAUAACGCCGAAAAAAGGAAGUUCACUAUCGUAAAAACGGUCAAAGUGCGAAAAGUUACAGCUUGUUGCUGCUGCUGCACAGUGCGCGACUAGCCCGAGAGUAAAUUUCAAAGCUCGUAAAGUUGGUUGCGAAGAAACACCCGCGUUAUUUACUGCUGCCAGUUUCAAAACUAUCGAUGGUGUGUCCCGGAAACGGAAGCAAAAUCAAUACAGUUAUACAACUUCGGAAAAAUCUGUCGAGUGAUCGGGAAACGGUAUUAAAGUGUUAACCUGCGAGUGAGGGAGUGAGUGCGGGAGGGGCGGGCGAACCAUCACAACUCGACAGUGCAGCGCUGUUAUUUAAUCCUCUAUUUAAUCUCGUUAAGAUUGAGUAUACAGCCAUAAAAAUGUACGGGUUUGUGAACUACGCGCUGGAAUUGCUGGUACUGAAAAAUUUCGGAACAACCAUAUGGGAACAAAUAAAGAAAAAAGCUCAGGUCAACAUGGAGGGCCAAUUUUUGGUCCGACAGAUUUACGAAGACGACAUCACGUACAACUUGAUAGAGGCUGCAGUAGACAUCCUAAACAUUCCCGCUGGCGACAUUUUGGAGCUUUUCGGAAAGACAUUUUUCGAAUUUUGCCAAGACUCGGGUUACGAUAAGAUUCUUCAAGUGCUCGGCGCAACGCCUCGAGAUUUCUUGCAGAAUUUGGACGCUUUGCAUGAUCACCUUGGAACGCUGUAUCCGGGCAUGCGUGCUCCCUCGUUUCGUUGUACCGAGACCGACGGCCAGCUGGUGCUCCAUUACUACUCAGAACGACCGGGGCUGGAACAUAUAGUGAUAGGAAUUGUGAAAGCGGUAGCAUCAAAGCUACAUGGAGUUGACGUAGAAAUUAAGAUCAUUCGGAGAAAAGGUGAUCCGAUCGAAGUGCCCAUCCCUAAGCUGGAAGAACGAGCGAAAACUGCACCUCCAGUGUCGACGAUUAUUGAUAAACCAGUUCCUAUCAUCACGUCAGCCGAUCUGGCUGUGCCAGAGCUGGCAAACCUAGGGCUAUGCAAACGAAUACUAUUGUCUAAAACGUACGGUGAAUCUUAUCUAUCGAAUAGACUGAAUAAUUUAGCAACCUCCAAAAGCUCGACAACGCUUGCACACCGAACUGAUCCUACGUCUUGCAAUGGCAAUAAAUCUAGCUUAAGUAGUAGUCAAAAUGGAAGCAAUAGUAGACUGUUUUUCGAUGAUAGCAAAACGACCACUAAUAGUAAUAGCGACACCAACAAUUGUGAUAGCAAGCGGCACCCGGCGAAGAAGGAGGACCUGGCGACGCUCGAGCGCUCCGACCACAUCCAGUUUCUGAUCACCGAGAUAUCCGGCCCGAAGACGCCCACCCGGAGGAGCGAGGACAAGGAACAGCAGGCGGAUUUCCAGCUGGUGGCGAAAGCGCCAAUGAUCUCUCCAACGACGUUCUGUAAAGUAUUUCCCUUCCACCUGAUGUUCAACCGGGAUAUGAUAAUUGUACAGGCGGGCAGAUCCGUGUCACGAGUCAUACCCAGAAUAUCAGAAAACAACUGCCCACUGCUGGCAAUCUUUGAGGCGGUCAGACCUCACCUGCAGCUAAGUUUCGGCAAUAUUCUGGCUCACAUCAACACAAUCUACGUGCUCAAGACGAAGACGGGAGUUAUGUCGAUCCGUGACAUAAAUCUAAGACUGAAGGGCCAAAUGAUGUACAUCCCGGAGUCGGAUCUUAUCCUCUUCCAGUGCUACCCUAGCGUGAUGAACCUAGACGAUUUGACCAAAAAGGGCCUGUACAUUUCCGACAUUCCCCUGCACGACGCCUCGCGCGAUCUGGUGCUCCUGUCCGAAAAGUUCGAAGCCGAGUACAAGCUGACUACCAACCUGGAGAUUCUGACCGAUCGUCUCCAGCAGACGUACCGGGAUCUGGAGAGCGAGAAGCAGAAAACGGAUCGCCUGCUCUACUCGGUGCUACCCAAAACGGUGGCCAACGAGUUGCGCCAUCAGCGGAAGGUGGCCCCCAAGCGGUACGACUGUGUGACGCUGAUGUUCUCGGGUAUUGUUGGGUUCAGCCAGUACUGUGCGACCAACACGGACGCCGAGGGAGCGAUGAAGAUCGUGAAGAUGCUCAACGAGUUGUAUACCAUUUUCGACGAGCUGACGGACUCGAAGAGUAAUUCCAAUAUCUUCAAGGUGGAGACGGUGGGUGAUAAGUAUAUGGCGGUUUCUGGGUUACCAGAUGAGUGUGAGAACCACGCCAAGUGUAUAGCGCGACUGGCGCUCGACAUGAUGGACAUGGCGCGGAAUGUCAAGAUGGGAUCGGAGGCAGUGAAAAUCACCAUUGGCAUCCAUUCAGGCGAAGUUGUGACCGGUGUGAUCGGCAACCGAAUGCCCCGGUAUUGCCUGUUCGGAAAUACGGUUAACUUAACGAGUCGAACGGAAACGACCGGUGUCCACGGGCGAAUCAACAUCAGCGAAACGACAUACAGACUUCUCUGCGAACCGGUCAAUCAGGAUCCUUCAUUCCAUUUGGAAUACCGUGGCCUAGUGACGAUGAAAGGUAAACCAGAACCGAUGGAGUGUUGGUUCCUUACCAGGAAAACUUCAGACAGCAACGGGCAACCACCACCUUCACUACCACCUACAGCGCCUGCUGCUUCCUGUAAUUAAAAUGCAUGAAAUGCCAUUACCUUAAUGGAUACUCAUCGAAAGAUGAGCAUCAACCAAGUGGAUAGAUUUCGAAGACUAGUAAUCAAGAGAAAGGAACUAUACGGUAGAAAUAAAUCAAGCCACGAUGAAUUGAAAACAAAAAUUGAAGCUCGAAUAGAUAGCUUCUGAUUCUAAGAUAGCAUCCAAAUAAAAAAAAAAGUAACAAAUAAUCAUACUUUACAAUAAACAUAACUAAAAUCAAGAUAAUAUCGAACCGUACAUCAUGGAGGUAGAUGUUAGAGAUAGUAAAUAAAAAGCAUAUUACCAAUAGGAGAAACUCUGAGCAACAAUGAUGUACAUUCUAUCUCAAAACCUGAAAGCUAUUUCUAAAGUAUGGUAACUCGAACUAAUAAGCUACUGUUGAUUUUGUUUGUAGAUUUUAUUGUAUGGAAAAAAAGAUAAAGCCGCUGCCGAUUUGUUAUGUUUUGGCUUGCUAUAACUACUAGGGGGUUUCAUCUUAAAUCUACGUUGAUUUGACACAUGUGAGCUUUAAAAACUAUUAGAUGACAACAGUAUAGUAGCUGCUAGAAGCAGAUAGUGAAUAUUUUAUGUAGAAAAAAAGGAGGUAACGGCUGAAGGCGGGCAAUGAAGAGACAUAAACAUCAAUAACACAAAAGAAUCAAAAUAUGGAAUUUUUGGUGUACUGGAAUUGUAGAAAUCGGUAAACAGUAAUGGUGUAGGUCAAAUAAACCAAAAAUAAAUACUUAUUU